UGGUUUAGUGUCUUUUGCACUCUUAUGUUGGUGGUUGUUUUUGGCCAACCUGUUGUGCUGUUUUUUUAUUUAAUUUCCAAAAUCCGAAAACUGUGCCAAAUAUAAAAGAACUGCCCUAUUUAAAAAAACGACUUAUCUAAUAAAAUUGCCUUUGCUAAUGUCUCGAUAAUGAAUCCAGCCGAACAGCUCGAGCAAGUACAAAACGAACUUCUCUGCAGUAUUUGCUACAAUUACUUCUUAAGAGCGUACACGCUGUCAUGUUCGCACUCGUUCUGUUUGAAUUGUAUUAACGUGUGGAGGGCGAACCACCGCGACUGUCCAAUAUGUCGUUCUCCUAUUUACAGUAUGGCACCUAGUCGUGCUUUGGAUAAUAUGGUUGCUACCUUUAACGGGGACCAAUACCGAGGUGAUAUAAGCGAUCCUGCGCCAAUUGAGAUAGAAGAUGAUGACAAUGAGACCGAAGAGGUUGUGUAUGAUGACAGCAGCCAUGCUAGUAGCAGCUCUUUUGAUAUUGCGGACAGCGACAAUGAAAUUGUUAGCGAUGCCGGUUCGCAAGAUGAUGCAGUGAGCUUCGAUUUGCAAUCCCUAGAUGAAGAGACUGAUCCCGAUUUAGAAUAUGAUAGUGAGACUGAUGAAAACCAAGCUAGUCCGGAUGAUUCGCAUCUGGCCGAUCUUGAUGAGACUUUUUCUAGUUUACCUGUACACGAAUCCGAUUUCUUUGAAAGCGAUGACGAUUCUUUAUAUGACUAUGCAUAUCCGUCAUCUUUACAUCCCAAUGUAGGAAUGAAAUUCUUAGAACAAUGGUAACUGUUUUUCUAAUUGUAUAAAUGUAUAUAUGUUUUCUUCUUCGUGUUACAAAAUGCAGGUUCAGUUGUGUUCCACGUUUUGUUUAUUUGUUUCAAAAUUUUCCCAUAAUCAAAUUGUGCGUGUAUUCAAUAGUUUUGACAAUAAAUUCAACAGUAUAUUUUGCAAAUGAUUUGUUUCUUUUUUGUUAAGUAUGACAUUUUUUUUGCAUUCUUUUUCAGAGUGUGACCAUUAUUUAGUAUAACCUUUUUACAUAUUACAUAUUUUUCUAAUAGGAAGCGUACCCAG